UUUUAACCUGUGAAAAUGUCAAAUUGUAUGUUAGUGCGUUGCUUUUUUGCUAAUCAUUGCCCAUUUUUCAAAAAGUUUAUAAAGAAUACGCCUAGCAUACACCAUAAUUUACAUACAAUUAAAAGACCAGUAUACGUACUUGGUGAUUCUACUAUUAAUAGGAUUGUAACUUGCACCGGCACGACAAUAUUGUCCUCAAGGAAUAUGCCGUAUGACUAUCCAGCGGUGAGACGUGACGAAACCGUCGUCGACGACUAUCAUGGAACUAAGAUCAAAGAUCCAUACCGUUGGCUCGAAGAUCCAGAUUCGAAUGAAACCAAAGAAUUCGUCGAGGCUCAGAACAAGAUAACGCGUCCGUAUUUAGACGCCUGUCCCGUGCAGAAAUCGAUCAACGAGAGGCUGACGGAACUGUGGAACUACCCUAAAUAUUCAUGCCCCUUCAGGAAGGGCAGCAGAUACUUCUUCUUCAAGAACACCGGUCUGCAGAACCAGAAUGCGUUGUACGUGCAAGAUGGUCUGGACGGCGAACCCCGCGUGUUCUUGGACCCGAACACUCUGUCCGAAGACGGCACGGUGGCGCUUUCCGGUACAAAGUUCACCGAAGACGGAUCCACCUUGGCGUACGGACUUUCUGCCAGCGGAUCUGAUUGGAUCGCUAUACAUUUCAAAGACGUUGCCACCGGCGAAGAUUAUCCGGAGGUUUUAGAAAAAGUCAAAUUCGCUUCGAUGUCGUGGACGAAAGAUAACAAGGGAUUGUUUUACUCGAUGUACCCGAAACAGACCGGCAAGACGGACGGAUCGGAAACUGAAGUGAAUCACGACCAGAAACUCUGCUAUCACCGGAUAAACACGUCGCAGUCCGAAGACGUUGUUGUUGUGGAGUUUCCUGAGGAACCGCUGUGGAGAAUCGUAGCCGACGUGUCUGAUUGCGGCCGGUACUUGCUCGUGUACCCGGUGCGCGACAGCCGCGACAACCUGCUGUUCUUCGCCGACCUCAGCAAGCACCCGGAAAUCAACGGGAAGCUGCCGCUCAUGCCCGUCGUCGAGGAAUUCGAAGCCGAUUACGAGUACGUCACGAAUGAGGAUUCUGUAUGCAUCAUCCGCACGAACAAGAAUGCUCCCAACUACAGGCUGAUCAUGAUCGACCUCCAGAAUCCCGCCAAGGAAAACUGGCGGACGUUAGUACCCGAACACCCGACGGACGUGCUGGAUUGGGCGGCCGCCGUAGACCAAGAUAAACUGGUCAUACACUACAUCAGGGACGUCAAGAGCGUACUUCAAUUGCACGACUUGAAAACUGGCGAGUUUAUACAAACGUUCCCGUUGGACGUCGGGUCCGUGGUCGGCUUCACCGGCAAGAAGAAUCAAACGGAAAUAUUCUAUCACUUCAUGUCGUUCCUCACGCCGGGAGUCAUCUACCACGUGGACUUCAAACAGAAGCCGUAUACUCCGAAGGUGUUCAGAGAAGUUACAGUCAAAGGAUUCGACGCGUCGCAGUACGAGGCCAAACAGAUAUUCUACUCCAGUAAAGACGGCACCAAAGUACCCAUGUUCAUUAUUUCGAAAAAGGAUCUGCCGCGCGACGGCUCGAACCCGGUCCUGCUGUACGGCUACGGCGGCUUCAACAUCAACGUGCAGCCCGGCUUCAGCGUCACGCGGCUCGUCUUCAUGCAGCACAUGAACGGGAUCGUCGCCAUCCCCAACAUCAGGGGCGGCGGGGAAUACGGCGAGAGGUGGCACAACGCGGGGCGGCUGCUGAACAAGCAGAACGUGUUCGACGACUUCCAGGCGGCGGCCGAGUACCUGGUGUCGGAGCGGUACACGCGCCCCGCCCUCCUCACCAUCCAGGGGGGCUCCAACGGCGGCCUGCUCGUCGCCGCCUGCAUCAACCAGCGCCCCGACCUCUACGGGGCCGCCGUCGUGCAGGUCGGAGUUCUUGACAUGCUACGCUUCCAGAAGUUCACGAUAGGACACGCCUGGGUGUCUGACUACGGAAGCUCCGACAAUAAGACCCAGUUCGAAUACUUGCUGAAGUACUCGCCCUUACACAACAUUCAGCCGCCGAGCGAGAAUCGGCCCGAGUACCCGGCGACGCUGAUACUGUCGGCGGACCAUGACGACCGCGUGGUGCCGCUGCACUCGCUCAAGUUCGUGGCCGAGCUGCAGCACGUGGCGGGGCGCUCGCCGGCGCAGCGCGCGCCGCUGCUCGCCAGGUUCGACACCAAGGCGGGGCACGGCGGCGGAAAACCCACCACUAAAAUUAUUGACGAACACACUGAUAUCCUAUGUUUCAUGACGCAAGCUUUGGGUCUGAAGUUUGUAAAAUGAUAAAUGUUGCCAUAGCAAAAUUAUUAUCCAUACGAAUGCACAUAGUAUUAUGUAAAUAUACCAGAAACACUGUGUCGUUGACUACCUCGAGGUCUACUGAGACAUUGUGAUUUUGUUAAGUAAUGCUGCUGUUUUUAUUAAAUAAAACAUUGUUUUUCUAAAA